UUGAUUUUGAUUUUUAUCUAUUUUGAAUGGCGUGACACUGAAAACCAGCAAUACAAGUACAAAGCGAUGAAAGCUGAAUUUAGAAUAAGUAGAAAAUGCUAAUUGUGAUAAAUAGUAACAACAGAAUGAAGCAAAACGUGAAAGUGUGAGAAUUAAAGAGAUAGUUUUAGAUAAACAUCAUUUAAGUUUUAAUGUGUUCUUGGUUAAUUCCUAGGCUGGUGUGUUCAUGGGCUUCUCUAUCACAUCCUCUGUGGUUGGUUUUUUAUUUGUCAUCUGUUACAUUGUUAUUUCUUCCGUACACCUUAUCAGAGUAAUCGGAUCUAUUCUCGGCAUCAUCGAGUUUGUCAUUGGUUUCUGGGCGGCUUCGUGCGUCUGUGUGAUGAAACCUUGUACCUGUUGCUACACUCCAGCACAGCAGGCCUCUAGUGGUGUUCCUGUUGCCAUUCGAAGACAAGCUGGCGAUGGCAUCGAUGCACUCCAAACUCUCACUCUAGGUGCACUGGAGAGCCAACCACAAAUAGUUCUGCUUCCACCUCCUCCGUAUGAAGUUGUUGCCUCAGCUUACCAGACUUUGCAGGUUGAUAUGCCUCCGUCCUAUGAAGAGGCAGCACGCGGUGAUUAGAAGUGUUUAGAGCGUCUAUUUUCCCAGAGAGUCAUAGCCCUGUUGCCACGAGAGCUGUUAUAAGCUGCUGAAACUGAAGUUCCUAACGCCAACGAAGAUCGAACUAAAAUUCCCUUUACACAGUAUAGGAAAGCCUCUUUGUAUUACUUGACAUUUACCUCGUAAACAACGAUCUUGUUGUUCGGCAAUACGUCAAAAUAGAGAGAACAAAAAUAUAUAAUAAUAGUUAAAAAAAAUCACGUAGAAGCAAAUAAAUUGCGUUUCUUUUGUCUGUAUUAAAAAUUGUAAAGAAGA